CGGUUUUUGUAUUGGGGAGAGUCCCGCCACCAAAACAGUUGCGAAUAAACGAAGCAGCAGAACAUGGCGGCGAGUCAAAGCGAGCUGGACCGGCAGAUUGAGCAGCUCAAGCGCUGCGAGUACCUCAAGGAGUCGGAGGUCAAAGCGUUGUGCCAGAAGGCGCGCGAGAUCCUCGUGGACGAGAGCAAUGUGCAGCGUAUCGACGCCCCCGUGACGAUCUGCGGUGACAUUCACGGCCAGUUCUACGACCUCAAGGAGCUCUUUAAUGUGGGCGGCGAGUGUCCUGAGACCAACUACCUGUUUAUGGGAGACUUUGUGGACCGCGGUUUCUACAGUGUCGAAACGUUCCUGCUGCUUCUCGCACUCAAGGUGCGGUACCCGGACCGCAUCACGCUUAUCCGUGGCAACCACGAGAGCCGUCAGAUCACGCAAGUGUAUGGCUUCUACGACGAGUGUCUCCGCAAGUACGGCUCGGUGAACGUGUGGCGAUACUGCACGGAAAUCUUCGAUUAUUUAAGUCUGUCAGCUAUUAUCGAGGACAAGAUCUUCUGCGUGCACGGCGGGUUGUCUCCGUCGAUCAAUACGCUCGACCAGAUCCGUAUCAUCGAUCGUAAGCAGGAAGUGCCGCACGAUGGCGCUAUGUGUGACCUCAUGUGGUCCGACCCAGAGGACAUUGACGGUUGGGGACUGAGUCCUCGUGGUGCUGGAUACCUAUUCGGCGGAGACGUCGUGGAGAAGUUCAACCAAACGAACGAUAUACAACUGAUUUGCAGAGCGCAUCAGCUCGUGAUGGAGGGACACAAAUCCAUGUUCAACAACGCACUGGUGACGGUCUGGUCAGCGCCUAACUACUGCUACCGAUGCGGCAAUGUCGCGGCUAUCUUGGAGCUCGAUGAGAACCUGGAGCAGCGAUUCAAGAUUUUCGAGGCUGCACCGCAAGACGCGCGUGGUGUGCCUGUAAAGAAGCCGGCUCCGGACUACUUCCUAUAAGGCGUUUGGGCAGACCGAUCGUAACCAGCGGGCGUGUGCUGCUUUAGAAGGCGCGCUUCCACUCGGUGCGACGGUGGAUAGUGAGCGUUGCAGCAUCUCCAGAAGAUACGAAAGAAGCGGCUGGAAAAUGAAGAAGCCAACGAUGCAGGGAGUGGGAGGGGGCUGCAACCUGGAGCUACUUGAAGUAUAUAUUUUUUGCUUUUCGUCUACGCAGCUCAAUCAUGCAGAUUAAAACGCCAUAUAGCUAGCUACUGUAGUUGCAUUGAGAUGGAUCCUGUCACCAACAGUUAAACAAAAAUGAAUUAGCAGAACGCGGAGCAUCAGGAGAUAA